CUUUUUUACAUGAAGAAGUUCACCGGUGGCAGAGAUCUCACAUGUCCCGGCAUCACACGAUUUGCCACACAAUUUAUAAUGCUAGAAAGUGUUGUGAGGCAUAAGGAAGGCUUGCAAAACAUGUUCGACUCUAGUGAAUGGAUAAUGUCAAGAUAUGCCAAAAUGAAUGACGCUUUAGCUGUUGAAGUUCGUGAGACUUUGUCUAAAACUCCUUCAAAUGAUGUUGCAAGAUUUUGGGUAAAAGCCGGCGAGAUAUUGAAAAUACAAGAGCCCAUUUUGAAAGUAUUGAGACUUGUUGAUGGAGAUUUCAAACCAACAAUGGGAUACAUAUAUGAGGCAAUGGAGCGAUGUAAGUUUGCAAUAAAAAACGAUUGUGAACAUUAUAAGCGUUAUUGGAGUAUGAUAGACAAAAGGUGGAAUGACAAUCUACAUACAGACUUACAUGCAGCAGGAUGUUUCUUAAACCCUGAGUACAUGUACGGGCCUACACCUAUUGGAACAGAUAGAGAGCUCUUAAAAGGGGUGAGAAAUGUGAUAUUGAGAAUAGAGCGGGAUGAAGAUGCAUCAAUCAAGGCACUCCAGCAAAUUUAUUUGUACCGUGAUAAGAGAGAGAGUUUCGGUGGUAGUUCGGCACAAAGGGUAGUUAAACAAAUGGAUCCAGCUUUGUGGUGGAUGACUUAUGGUGAUAGCACCCCUGAACUAAAGAAAAUUGCAGUGAGAGUUUUAAGUCAAACCACAUCAUCAUCAAACUGUGAAAGAAACUGGAGUAUGUGGAGUCUAGUUCAUACUAAAAUAAGAAAUAGGUUGAAAUACCCAAGGCUCCAUCAAAUUGUUUACCUUCGAUACAACAUGAAAUUAAAGCUGAGGCAUUUGAGGAGGCAUGGUAAUGAUGAGCUCAAUUCCAGUUAUGAUCCAAUUAAUUUGGAUUAUAUAUUUGAUGUCGAAGAUCCAUUAAAUGACUGGUUAGAGGAAUCAGAAGCGCCUGUUUUUCAAGGAGAUGAUUUGAGUUGGUUAAAGGAUGAUGAUGAUGAUGAUGAUGAUGGGGACGGCGGUGGUGGUGGUGUUAGUCAAGGUUCAAUUCAUUUAAGCACUGAUCCAAGUCAACAAGCUGGUGGUAACCGUCAAUCUAUUUUAACUCCACCAAGUAGUGACGAUGGAGAUGCCGAUAAUGCUAGUAACACUCAUGGUGGAAAUGCAUUUGACACAUCUUAUUCACAUGAACCAAUUGAGCGCAUUCAGAAUCCACCACACUCUACAUCUGAAAGACAAUAUCCCCAGACAUUUCAAAGACGUACAAGGGUAAGACAACCUUCUAGUGAACCACUAGAUAGUGAUGCAUCAUGGAAUGAAUUGUCUAUAAAUGUUUUUCCACCCGAGUCAUUAAACUCUACCUCUCAAGGUCCUACCUCCCAAGAUUACAAUUAUCAAGAUCAUUUCCACGGUGAUUAUAAUUACCAGGGACCAGGUGAAGGUGAAUUUGAUUAUAAUGUGCCGCAACCUCCUGACGGUGUUUAUGUUAAUAACAAUGGCACAAUUAAUUAUGGGGGUGUUCAUUAUCAUCAGCCAUCAUAUUAUGGCAGUGGUUGUGGCAACUCAAGUCAAAAUGAAUCACCAUGGGCGGAUGGUACGAGAUCAUACCUUUUUGGGGACUAUGGAAGAAAUAGCUACAAUGAAGAUACCCAAACACAACCGGCACGUAAUUCCUUUUGGUAUUAAUUUCAUAAAUAUUAGAGUUGAUAAUGUAUAAUAUUAUUAAUAUAUAUGCUACUGUAAUAAUGUAUAAUAAUGUAUAAUAAUGUAAUUGUACUAAUGAGAUAAUGUAUUAAUGUUAUUAAUAUAUAUGCUUUCUAUUGUGUGUUA